AUGGAAAUGUAUGCCACAAAAGAUGGUAAAAUUCUUUAUAAAGUUAGAUGGAAAGGAUACACUUCAGAUGACGAUACUUGGGAGCCAGAAGUUCAUCUUGAGGACUGCAAAGAAGUUCUUCUUGAAUUUAGGAAAAAAAUUUUUGAUAACAAAACUAAGCCUGUUAAGAAGGAUAUGCAGAGACUAGUUUUGAAUGAUGAUGACAUAUUUGAGGCAGACUCUGACAGCGAUUGGCAAAGUGAAACAAAAGAGGAUGUUUCCCCCAAGAAGAAGAAGAAAAAGUCAAGGCACAGAGAAGACAAAAGUCCUGAUGAUUUGAAAAAGAGAAAAUGGAAAUCUGCCAAAUUAAAAGAUAAAUCUAAAACACAACUGGACAGUUCCUCAGAAAAUUUGGUCUUUGAUUCAAAGUCCAAGAAGAGAACUUUGGAAUCAAAAGAGGAUUCAAAGGAAUAUAAAAAGACCAAAAAAGAUGAUUUAAAAGAAACAAAGAAAGUAAAAAGGGGUGAAAAUAAAGACUCAAGGGGAAAAGUAAGAGAUGAUUUUAAAGAAAGCAAAAAAAAGAAAGAGAAACUUAGUGAAUCUCUUUUAGAAUCUGAAUCUAGUACAUUUGAUGAUUCACUUUCACAGUUGGCUGAUGAUGACAGUGAAGAUUUGCCUUCUGAUAACAGAGGAGAGAAGCAAAAAUUUAAAAGUGGAAAAGAUAAGUUAGAACAUGACAUAAUUCAAGAUGUGAUUUCUGAUAAACAGCCAGAUGAUACAGCAAGUGCUGAAGAAGAUACUGAUGUCAGAACAAAAAGGAAAAAAAAGAAAUUAAAGAAAGUUGAAGAAUAUAAAGAAGAGAUUAGAAAAGUAGAAAAUAAGGACUCAUACUUAGAGAAGAAAAAUUUAUACAAAAAGCAAAAGAAUCAAGAAAAAGUCAAAGGCUCUAUAGAGGUAGAUAAAUUAUCACCUACACCUGCUCCAGUUCAGAAGAGCACAAAACUGGUUAGUGAAGAACGAGGUCGAAGGUCCACUGAUUCAGUUGGGGAGGAGAAAGAAACACGGAAAAAUGAAGUAAAAGAAAAAUAUCAGAAACGAUAUGAUUCUGACAAAGAAGAAAGGGGGAAAAAAGAGCAAAAGGGAAUAAAGACAUUUAAAGAAAUGAGGAAUGCAUUCGAUUUAUUUACAUUAACACCAGAAGAAAAAAAUGACUUUUCAGAGAAUAAUCAGAAAAGAGAGGAAACAUCACUGGAUUUUAAAUUCACUGAAGACUACAAAACUAAGGAAAAUAAGCAAUUAUACAAGGAGAGGAGAAGUACAAGGGAUGAGACUGAUACAUGGACUUAUAUAGCUGCAGAAGGUGAUCAAGAGGUAUUAGACAGUGUGUGUCAAAUGGAUGAAACUUCUGACAGGCAGCAAGUUUUGAGUUUGGGAAUGGAUUUGCAGUUGGAAUGGAUGAAAUUGGAAGAUUUUCAAAAGCAUCUUAAUGGUGAAGAUGAAAAUUUUACAACAGCAGAUGCUAUACCAAGUAACUUACUGAGGGAUGCAGUGAAAAAUGGAGAUUAUGUUACAGUGAAGAUUGCACUUAAUUCAAAUGAGGACUACAAUUUGGACCAAGAGGAUUCUAGUGGAAUGACAUUGGUGAUGCUUGCAGCAGCAGGAGGGCAAGAUGAUCUGCUCAGACUCCUCAUCAAGAAAGGAGCUAAAGUUAAUGGGAGACAAAAAAAUGGAACUACUGCUCUCAUUCAUGCAGCCGAGAAGAACUUUCUAACUACAGUGGCAAUUCUUUUGGAAGCUGGAGCUUUUGUGAAUGUUCAGCAGAGUAAUGGAGAAACAGCUUUAAUGAAGGCUUGUAAAAGAGGAAACUCAGAUAUUGUAAGGCUUGUGAUUGAAUGUGGAGCAGAUUGUAACAUUUUGUCAAAACAUCAGAAUAGUGCUUUGCAUUUUGCUAAGCAGUGUAAUAAUGUAUUGGUAUAUGACCUGCUGAAAAGUCACUUAGAAACGCUAUCAAGAGUUGCAGAGGAAACCAUAAGGGACUACUUUGAAGCCAGGCUUGCCCUCCUAGAGCCUGUGUUUCCAAUAGCAUGUCAUCGCCUUUGUGAGGGUCCAGAUUUUUCAACAGAUUUCAAUUACAAACCACCACCAAACAUACCAGAAGGCUCUGGAAUUCUCCUGUUUAUAUUCCAUGCAAACUUUUUUGGUAAGGAAGUCAUUGCUCGGCUUUGUGGACCAUGUAGUGUACAAGCUGUAGUUUUGAAUGACAAGUUUCAACUUCCAGUAUUUCUGGAUAGCCAUUUUGUUUAUUCCUUCAACCCUGUUGCAGGCCUCAAUAAACUUUUCAUACGCUUGACGGAAGCACCCUCUGCCAAGGUAAAAUUGCUUAUAGGUGCAUACAGAGUACAAUUGCAGUGACCAAAAAAAAAAGACAGUUAUAAGGAUCGUGAUGGAAUUAUUUUUGAACCUGUUACUGGUUACUUCAGUCUGAUAAAGCAGUUUGGAAUUCUUUUACGUCUGGCACAUCAACACUUUCAAAUCAUUAUUCCACUACCUUUCUUUUUU